AUGUGCCAUGCAUUCGGAAUAACUCCAUCUUUGUAUCACGUGUAUCAUCCUCGUAACGAUCCUAAACCACAUAAGAAUAUUACUUGUUCGUUUAAAAAAUCUGGAAAAACAUUUACAUUUUUAAACACUCCCCAAGCACAUAUAUUUGCUGUCAAUCAUUUUGGCCAGGAAUAUUUUUAUGGUGAUAAUGGUGAAUAUUGCUGGUCAGGAAUUGAACUUGAAGAUGGUGGUGGAGAAGAAACAGCCUUGGCUCACCCAGAAUCCCGCGUUUACAUGAGCGAAAUGAUGGUUGGAGUAAAUAUUCAAACACACAACGGCCCUUUUAACCGUUUGACCGAUGUUUCAAUGUCAUUUUUGAUUGAUACUGGAAAUUAUGACGUUAAUUGGUCAAUGCUACAACCAAUAGUUUGGGGAAACAAAGAUUCAAUUGAUGGAAAUCCAAUUGAAAAUUUUGCGACUGGAGCAGCUCAAAUGUCAUUCCCUGCUUUAUAUCUUUAUAACAACACAUAUCCUCAAGAAUCAGGAUUCUCUUUUAAAUUCUAUGGAAACAGUGAUUCAAUCAAUACUGUUUCGUGUCCAAAUAAUAAUUCCUAUUACAAUCAUUAUUGUAAUGGAAAAGAAUUCUACAAUGUCUUGGAUUCUUCUAAAAUAGGCGAUGAUUGGUCAUAUGAUUAUAUUCCAUUUAAAUAUCCAUCAAAUGUUUGCAAAACCGGUGACGCUGUUCUUCCAGGAAUGCUGACAUGUGGAAAUUAUUCAUGCAAUGGUUUUGAUAGUUUCUCCAUUAAUGCAGUUUCUCCUGACAAAUAUAACAAACAAUAUAUUAUUAAUUGCACAAAAGACACCAUCGGAAAAACGUUUUCAAAACGCGUCCAGAAUGCAUGGGGAAGUACAACAGCAAAUAUUAUUUGCCCAAAUCCAGAAAGAUUCUGUAGAUCAGUCACCUUAGAAGAGAUGCACUUUACAUCAAAUCCUUUUGUUGAAGGCGCUAAGUUAGAGAUAAAAGUAUCAAGCACACCCCUUCAAAUAGUUCAUAAUAAGACAAGAUUGCCUCCAUAUAUCAUUUUAACUAUAGGUAUUGUUGUAUUUGCCGUUGUUGCAUUUACAGGCGUGGCUAUUUUUGAUUAUUUUUAUUUACACUCUUCAGAAAAGAAGGAAGAUCCCGAAGAAAAUGAUAAUGAGGCUAUUGAUAUUUAA